AUGAAGGUCGCGAAAGCAUUAUGUGUUGUUUUCCUUUUCUACUCAGCAAGUUAUGGGGAAAGUCGAAGAAUGAAAAAUGAUCCCAACUCGGAAAAGAGAACUGGUGUGGCAAAUACACCAUCAACAAUUGCAGAAUCGCUUCGGCAGAAAGUUCUACAUGCGUCUGGUGAAUCGCAAGGUAUAUAUUUUAUUAAUUGUCCUCUUUGUAAAAAACACUAUUUUCCAGGCCCGUUUCAGGGUCGGACGUCAGUCCAUCUUAUUAGUUUCAGUUUAUUUCUAUAUAUUUAGUUAUAGGAGAUAACAAUACAACUGAAUCUUCCGUACAAGUGUCAAGUAAUAUAUAUAUAUAUAUAUAUAUAUAUAUAUAUAUAUAUAUAUAUAUAUAUAUAUAUAUAUAUAUAUAUAUAUAUAUAUAUAUGUAUAUAUAUAUAUAUAUAUAUAUAUAUAUAUAUAUAUAUAUAUAUAUAUAUAUAUAAUAUGUUAUUUACCAGCUGCGAGGUCCGGAUAUGAAAAACUGUGCCCGAAGUCUUGAGAUUCAAGACGAGGGCAGUUUUUUUCAUCCGGACCAACGCUGCAGGUAAAUAACGUGUUUAUUUUUUAUCAGAUGUAGAAAUUAAAUUUAUUAAAAUUCCAUUUUUCUUGUCGUGUCACGAUAAUAUGCUUGAAAACUGUUUUAAACACACACUUUCACUUUGUUUAAAAUUAUUUAUAUCUAUGAAAAAAUGCCUGACCCAAAUGGUAGAGAAUAUAUUCGUGACUUGUUUUCACUGUUGCAGUUAAACCUUCUUUUAAAUGGGAAAACAUUUAUUUUAUAAUAUCCGUUUAAGCUGUAAUUUUUUCGCUUUAAGUGGACAAAUAUACAUGCGCAUUUAAAAAAUAUAUCAAGUUUUCUCGAAAGUUUUAUAGAUAUCGAAUAACUUUCGACUUUCAGUCGCAUUUUUCUCAAAAUAUUAUCACUUCUGGUGUAGGCCUACAUCGUGCUUAGUAUGAAGUGUUUAGGGCUUGAUGCAAUUCAUUUUCGUAUCUGACUAUCGUUAGGCUACGUUUUUCUAACGUUUCGGCUUUUUUUUUUCGUUUAAUUCAAAAUUGUUUCAAAACUCAUUUUUUGCUGCGAAAACCAGAGGGGCAGUUGCAUUUCAAAGCGGGCCGGAUGCAAAAAACCGGCCGUCUCUGAAAGGCUCCUCAGCCAACCAGAUUGCUUCAUUCUAACUGAUAAAAAAUAAAACAUAAUAACGUAUGACAAGAGACUAGAUGUCAUCAGGUCCAAAUAUUCAUGAAAUUCCUCAUCUUAAAAUUUUGUAUUUUUUUCAGGUCGUCAGUUUGCAUUUAUUUAUCUACAGCCAACUGGAAGAGCCGAAUUAAUCUUGACUGACAGGAAUGUCGACCAGGCUCUUUCCAGGAGUAGGAGCCUUAACAUGAGAACCAUUGAUGUGUUUCCCCCAACACCAAAAGGCGCCAAUUUUAGAAUGGCAUUCCCCACAAAUCCAGAACGGAUCGAAAAUCACUCGGAGUAUAAGUUGUUAAACAAUAAUGCACUGAGAGACAUG